AGGAGGUAUUUGUGAUGUUGUGGCAACAAAAAGUGGAUGACUUGAGGGGGCCCAGAAAAAACAGCCAUGUCUAUCAGGAGAUGGCGGCAGAAAUGCAGAUGCAAGGAUAUGAUGUCAAUUCCUCAUCUGUAAAAAUUAAGAUUGACAAUUUGACGGCAAAAUAUAGGAAGGCCAAGGCAGGUAUGGGGACGACUGGAGGCUCAGCUGCUUCUUGGCAUUUAUUUGAGCAGGUGCACCAAAUAAUUGGUGGCUUCUCCAUCAAUAACGUGGAAGAGCUGAUAGAAGAGAGUUUUGAAGAUUCGAUGUCAUCAUCCCCGACAAAUAUCUCGCCGCUUUCUCCUUCUCUUCCCCAGCUGUCGCCAUCACCGUCGUGUUCAUCACCACUGCCGUCAGGAUCGGGAGGGGCAACACUUCCCCCAUCAAUAUCAAGCGCAGCAACAUCUACCAGAUCUGGAAAACAAAAACAGAUGGAUCGAUUAGUGACGAUUUGUGAGGGUAUCCAAAGCAAUUUUUCGGAGGCUAUGGAAAAAUUCACAAAAUCGAACGAUGAAUUGGUCGAAAUAGAAAAGGCAAAGCUAGUCGCAAUGCAAGAACUGCAGAGGGACGCAAGAAGGCUGACGGAUGGAGUACUUGAUUUUUUAAAUAGAUUUUAAGGAAAUAGUAUGUAGA